AUGAGUUCUCAGCGAGUUACUUUUGAUCCGGCCAACUUGCCGAGACCCGAGAACAUGUUUGAGCGCCGUGGGUAUAUUGACCAGUAUAUCCAAUACUUUCACAGUGACUUGGCCCCCCAGAUUGCGGAGAAGCGCGAGUCGUCGUAUCCCGUCGUCUGCAAAUUCUACCAUGAAAAGCGUGGUAAGAUCGAGGUCCCAUCUGUGUACUUUGAGUACGUCAUCGACAAGACGAUGUGGAAGAACAUCUUCAAACCACUCGGUGACGGUGCGGCUCCCGCUUGGCCUUGGGAGAAAGGGCCCGACCCUGACGACAUGAGCGGCGGCAUGUCGACAGCAUACAUGGAAUGGCGAGUCAGAAAAGGUUUCCCCAUCAAUACGCCUCACCAAGAAACGCAGCAGCGGGUGCGCGACCUCGAACGGUCGCUCUCGGAUGCUCAACAGGACAUUGAGCGACUGCAUACGCUUCUCCGGGACACCCAACCCAUUUCUUCUCGGCGACAGCAUCCCUUGCAGUCCCAGACACCUCUGCGCCAAAUCAAAAAGGAGGAGCCCGAGUAG